ACGAAGUUACAAGUUUCUUGACGACUCGUUGAGGUGGUCUACCAAAAGGACUAAACAACAAAACAUAUCUUUUUCUCCACGCACACAAAAAAAAAGUCAAUCAUCAUGAAAUUCUCAAUCUCAGCACUGAGGCAGGUACAACCAAUCUUGAGCUUCAAGAACAAGUUAUCUAUGGUCAACGUCAACUCUUUUCUCAAUCCCAAAGAGAAAGUCGUUUUUGUUAUGGGAGCUACCGGAUCGGGUAAGUCUCGUCUAGCCAUCGACCUAGCAACUCGUUUUCAAUCAGAGGUCAUAAACUCCGACAAGAUUCAACUUUACAAGGGCCUAGACGUGCUCACGAACAAAGUAACCCCUCAAGAAUGCCGAGGCGUGCCUCACCAUUUGCUUGGAGUAUUCGAUUCCGAAUUCGGAAACCUAACGGCCACUCAGUACAGCAACCUUGCGUCACAAGCAAUCACAAAACUCUCAGCGAACCAUAAGCUUCCCAUAGUAGCCGGUGGAUCAAACUCUUACAUAGAAGCACUUGCGAACCAUUCCGCGGGGUUCUUGUUAAACAACUACGAAUGCUGUUUCAUUUGGGUCGACGUUUCCUUACCCGUACUCAACUCCUUCGUCUCAAAACGCGUUGACCGCAUGAUGGAAGCAGGACUACUCGAAGAAGUGAGAGAAGUAUUCAACCCUAAAGCUGACUAUUCCGUAGGGAUACGUAGAGCUAUCGGUGUCCCCGAGCUUCACGAAUACUUACGAUACGAAUCUCUAGUGGACAGUGCAACACAAAGAAUGAUGCUUGACGUAGCGGUUAAGAACAUAAAAAAGAACACAGAGAUCUUAGCUUGUCGUCAGCUAAAAAAGAUUCAACGUCUGAACAAGAAGUGGAAGUUGUCUAUGCACCGAGUAGACGCUACUGAGGUGUUCUUGAAACGUAACGUAGAGGAACAAGACGAGGCUUGGGAGAGUCUUGUAGCUAGACCAAGCGAGAGAAUCGUCGAUAAGUUUUAUAAUAAUAAUAGUAACCAAGUUAAGAAUGAUCAUGAUGUUGAGCAUUGCUUGGCGGCGUCUUACGGCGGAGGAAGUGGAACAAGAGCCCACAAUAUGAUAUGAAAAGUUUUGUUAUUGGUCGAUCAUGUGAAGCUUUUUGGAGUGUGAGAGUUUAAAAGAUUUCGUUUGUGUGGUGGUGAUACCCCGAAGGUUUUUGCAACGUACACACUACACAUGUGUGAGAUAUUAUAAUUAA